GCCCCAAAAAUGACCUUCGAAGACCAACUAAUUGCAAAAGUUCGAGCAAAUGAGGUCCUGUACAAUGUGAAAAAUGUGAACUACAGACGAAAAAACGACAAGGAACGACUCUGGCAGCAGAUCGCGUAUGAACUAGACAGCUCAGUGGAAGUAUGCAAACGUCGGUGGAAGAGUUUGCGGGACAAAUUCAUCAAGCUGAGCCGAGUGGAACAAUCCGCAAGAGGAACAUCGGAUGAAGAGCAACCUAAGAAAUGGCAAUACUUCGACAGCUUGACAUUUCUCCAGGGCUAUAACAAAGCCUCACUUUCUACAAACAACUUCCUGGACAAUGUGUAUCUCUCUGAGGAAAGAUAUGUCGACAUCAAGUGUGAGCAUCCGCUAACGCGACAGUUCGUGCGCGAUGAUGCCACCGUAACGGUCGCUGUAGAUUGUGGUUCGGGAAUAGUGUCAAGCGAACGAUUCGCACCAGCCGAUGCCCGUAAUCUUGCGACAGUAGCACACGAGCUGGCCAGCGGUACUGGCAGUGGUAGUCGAAAGCGUCAGCUAGAUCUCAUCGAAUCGGAAUGCAUCAAAAUCAUACGGUCGGCAGCAGAAGCUAUGCAAAUUGAAGCAAAUUCUCACAUUCGCCGUAGCAGCACGCAAUUGCUGUUUGAAGCAUUGGCACUGCGAAUCGACGAAGCGAAUCUACCGGCCAGCCGACUGAAUGCCAUCCAAACCGCCGUCACCAAUCUGGUGUAUUCAUCCUUAUGAACGGCCCGCGGGACGGUAAAGAAACGGAGAUCCGUUUACGUACUUUAAAAUCGGACAGGUUCACUGAAAGUAGUAACGCUCCGUACGCAAUACAAGACAAAGCUGCAAUAUGAUGCACAUGUUUCGAAAGCAAACAUGCAUUAAUUAAUUUAUAUUACAUAAAUGGGUCUUAAGAACGAAAGAGUUGCUUUGGAGGAGGUGGAAAAGCGAUUUCUUUCCAACCCGAAGCACUGAAUCAAAAAUGCUCUCUCUUGCUGGCUAUCGCAUAUGCGGUGAAACGAAUUAGUGUAGAAUAAUUUUAGUAUGUUAUGUUAUGUAUUAGCAAUACACACGCUCAUGAUAGAAUGCUCAACCCAUCGUUUCAGCCUAUUGUUUUCAGCCGAUGUAAGUGUAGCGAAAACGGAAAACGAUGUUCGAACAAAGCUUCGGUGCAGCGCUUAUACCUUACUUACUUAUUCGCUAUUCGAAUACCACGGAAGCAACCAGGUACAACUGUCUACAAGAUAUAACGAUUACA